UUGUUGUGAGAGAGCGAAUGUGCUGCUGAAUUGAUAUUUGAUAUUUGCUAGAGCUUUCGGUUUUGCACAAUCAUACGUGUUUAUCUGCAAAUAUUGAAUUCAUUGCGCUUUGUGUGAAUCUCUGUAACUUUUUGAUUUUAUCUGAAAGAUCUUUUUCUCGUUUAUAUUCCUAGAGUGCUAAUAAAAUGUCUCUUUUCGGAUCUUUGAUGGCGGACGUUGAGGACGAUCCAUUUUUCGGAUCGCACAUGCGCCACAUGCGUCAGAUGAGCAACAUGAUGAACUCCAUCUUCUCCGAUCCGUUCUGUAUGCUCGGUGAGGGAACCCUGUCUCUCAUGGGGCCGCGCCACGGUAGCGCUCUCAUGCCAUUCAUGCCGCAGAUGCCGUCAAUGAAUACAUUGUUUGCAGCAAAUAAUAUAUCAGACGGCAGCAUGGGGCCAGGCACUUCGUUUAGCAGCAGCACUGUCGUCAUGUCCAGCGGACCAAAUGGAAAGCCGCAGGUAUACAGUUCAUCGAGCAGCACAAAGAUUGGUCCCAACGGAGUGAAGGAGACACGCAAAACUCUGCAGGACUCUCGCACUGGGGUCAAGAAAAUGUCUAUCGGACACCACAUCGGCGAGCGUGCGCACGUGAUCGAGCGGGAACAGAACGUGUACUCCGGAGACGCUGAGGAGCGGCAGGAGUUUAUCAAUUUGGAGGAAGAUGAGGCGGAACAGUUUGACAGAGAGUUCCAAGAGCGCGCGGCCCGCGGUGCCGCUGCCCGCAGCGCGCGCGCCAUCACAUCUAGCGCGCACACACACUCGCACUCGCACACACCUCGCCACGAGCCGCGCCUCGCGCUACCCGCACCGCCAGUAGCUACUGAAGCACCGAGACGAACUCGUCCGAGCGCUAGACGACCUCUGCGUACUACGGCCAACCCUUUGGCUACUUCUUCCAGUUCCAGAUAUUGGAGGAGGCGUUACUACUAAUGUUACUAGUCCGGUGUCCGCGAAAUGUACGGCGGCUCGCACCCGCAGCGUCACAGGCACAAACACCACAAGUCGCACCGACACUCGCCCGCCGACAACUAGACACCCGACACUUACACUUAAACUCGACAAAUAACACCAGACACUAGACAGCGAUACUCGAUACAACACCAGACAGCAACACUCGACGCAAAAUCAGACAGCGACACUACACAUGACGCCUGACACUUGACAUUGACACAUGUCACACAUACUAGACAUUUGACACUUGACACUGAUCGUGACCAUAGACGAGUGUCGCCGAAUAUUCCUGUAGCUCUGUAAAUGCUGGCCGGUACGAUUUAUGUGGAAGAAGAAAUUCAAAUUUGAUGUUCUGUUUGAUUUUUUUUUAAUAAUUAGUGUAUGAAUUUUUUGACAGCUCACUUUUUUUAAUACUUUUUUUUCAUGGUUUAGUAGUUGCAUACUUAUUUGACGAAGGUAUAAUUUUUACGUAAUUUAAACGCUGGAAGUUUGUAUAUUGCUAUAACUUAAAUUCGUGUCUUUUCAUGAUGGUAGCUAAGUUGCAACUAAAUUUUUGUUCGAUUUAAGAAUAAAAUUAAUUCCAUCUUAAUUUAUUUCUGUUCUUAAACUAUUCCUUAUUCCAUGUUCUAUCGCCUGUUCUUAAUAUAAAUAGAUCAUAAAUAAUAAUUAUAAAUAAGUAUGAUAAUUAUAGUGUAAAUGUACGUAGGAUAUUUAUUUACGAAAUAUAAGUUCGAUCUGAUAUGUAAUAAGUAUGCUGUAACAUGAAUAAAAAUAAUGUUCAACGUUUAUUCUGUUCAUUCUUUAAAUCUAAAUUACAAAAUUCGUUCGAAUUUUAAACGGAAUAAAUGUGAUUUCAAAACGGAGCGAAAAAAUACGAAACGAAAUAAUUUUAAUCUUCAAGUAUUUCGUUUAUUUUCACGAGAUUUAAAAAAGGGAAUAUUAAGAAUUUCUAAUUAAAUUCAAAAGGAAUGAAAUUUCACUUAUUUAAAUAUAAGGAAAUUCUAUUCAUAUAUUAAUUAUUAUUUUCUAAAUUUUGUGUAAAAAGCCGUUAAAUCUCGUGAGCAGGACUGUAUUAAAUACCUCACUUCAUACUUAAUUUCAACCUUAUUUUUUUGUCAUUAAGGUUUUAUUUACACGCUUCCAUAAUCAUUAAUGUUUGUUAAAUAAGUAAUUAAUGUUUCAAACUAAAAAACAAAAAAAAAAUAUUUUUGUCCCUUUCUCUCUAGUGAUAAAUUAUUCAAGAGGGAAGGGGUAACUGAUUAGAUUACUGAGGAAUAAAAUCUGUAAGAAUUCAUAAACUUAAUCAAUGUUUAAAUUGCUCAGUGUUUUGUCUCUUUCCCUCAUGAAAAAUGACAUGUGUGUGAGAGAGAAAACAUUCGAGUAUUGAUUACAUAUUUUUUAAAAUAAGAUAGGUUUUAGUGCAAACGCAUUGUAUGUAAUAACUUUAAACAUUAGAAACAAAUAGCUUUUGUAAGAAUGGCACAAAAUAGGUGCUGGGCGCUUAAAUAUUUGUUUUGUUGUUGUCAUACGUUAAAAUGCGGGUUUUUUUGACACUGGCAACUCUGAUGUCAUUGCCAUUACGCAAAAAGCUAGGAACAGUGUACGUACUGAGGCAUAAUAUAAUUACAAUUUAAUUCUUCUUCGCUGAAAGAGAUGGAGCUAUUUAGAACGUAUCUUGCGUCUUUGUCUUAUAACAUGUUAACGUAUUAAAUACUGUUUCUGGUUGAGCUCCUUUUUCACUUUUGAAUACUAGUAGUUUGAAAAGUAGUCGACAGUUAAAAUGUAAUAAUAUAUCUUGGUACCAAAUUGGAAUAGAUUAGAAAAUACUAUAAAAUAAUAAGGGAUUGUUAAGUAUUUCAAAUUUAUGAUGAUAAAUGUUCGGCUUUUUCCCGUUUAUUCUGCCAUGUUUUCAAACAUUAUAAAAUAGGGAAAUAAAUUAUGGAUAGUGUAAACUGUAAGUGGAUACAUAAAAUUUAUAGAUUAUAGACAACAUGAUUUCAUCGCAUUAUAACCAUAAAUAUAGAACUUAAAAUUACUUCUCUGCAACUCCGAUGUAUGUAAUCGAAUCUAGAAUAAACAUGUUAAAAAUUCUCAUAAAUUUGUAAUACUAAGCAUUCUAUAUUCAAAUUUGCCGCUAAUUUUGACAGAUCCAUCAGUCUGUCUCUUUCCGACGUAGACAUUUCACUCUAACAUAAAGUGGCUGAGUAAAUAUCUUUUUGUGUAAUAUUAAUGUUAGACUAAGGAACCAAUGUCAUUCGUGUGAUCUAUAGAAAUAAAUUAGUGAAUAUUA